GACUGCUACAAAUCUGGUGUCUGUAUUACUGACUGCGAGUUACGAGAGAAAUUGGUUCGCACAUUACCACACCAAGUCAGGACAAGGUUUUUCGAUCGUGGGAUAGAAUGCCGGCGGUCAUAAGUAAAAACUCCGAUUUGGAGUUUGACUCCUUACAACCGUGUUUCUACCCGGAUGAGGACGACUUCUACUUCUGUGGUCCCGACUCUGCGCCACCGGGGGAGGACAUCUGGAAGAAAUUCGAGUUGUUGCCCACUCCGCCCCUCUCCCCGAGCCGAGCAGCGCUACCGGGGGAGCCGGCGACCGCCUCCCCGGAAGCAGAGCCUCUGGGCAUGGGCUUAGGGGACCCGCUGGACUGGGCGUCUGAGCUGCUGCUCCUGCCCGAGGACGAUAUCUGGGGGGCGUCCUACGAUGGGGACCUGUUCGGCUCCGCUUUGGAUACUAACCCCAACAAUAUCAUUAUCCAGGACUGUAUGUGGAGCGGCUUCUCCGCCAGAGAAAAGCUGGAGCGGGUGGUCACGGAGAAACUCGGCAAGGCUAUUUCCACCGCUACCGGAGGCGGCAGGAGCGUGUGCGUCAAAGCGCCGGAGGUCGUGAGCCGCAGCUCGGCGUCAGAGUGCGUGGACCCCACCGUGGUCUUCCCUUUCCCGGUCAACAAGAAGAACGGCAGCAGAGACUCAACCCAGACCGUUAACACAUCCACGACCCACGGAAACGUCCCCAGUGACUCCGAAGAGGAAGAUGACGAUGAAGAUGACGACGAAGACGAAGAAGAAGAGGAGGACGAGGAUGAGGACGACGAGGAUGAGGACGAUGAGGAGGAUGAGGAGGAGAUUGAUGUUGUGACAGUAGAGAAGAGGCGCUCCACAAUCAACAAGGCGUCACCCAUGGCGACGGGUACAGUCACCAUCUCUGUGCAUCCCAAGAGCCAAGAGGCGAGGGGGUCCGGCGUGGUGAGCCGGUUCAUCAGCAGAGCUCCUCAGGAGCUGAUCCUGAAGAGGAGCUCAGUCCACCAGCAGCAACACAACUACGCGGCCCCCUCCCCGUACACCUCGGACGACGACCCCGCCCCACCGCCAAAGAAGCAGAGGACGUCCGACGCGCCUCGACCUCCCACCAGAACCAUGUCGUCGUGCUCCUCAUCCUCCUCCACAUCCUGCAGCUCGCUCACCAGCUCCUCGGGGCCACGCAGCAAGCGCAGCGCCAGCGGAGACAGCAGCCCGCGCGGUGGAGGCGGCGGCUCCGACUCGGAGGACAGUGAGCGCCGGCGCAACCACAACAUCCUGGAGCGCCAGCGUCGCAACGACCUGCGCUCCAGCUUCCUGACGCUGCGCGACCACGUGCCAGAGCUGGCGCACAACGAGAAGGCGGCCAAGGUGCUGAUCCUGAAGAAGGCCACCGAGUAUGUGAGCUCGCUGGAGACGGAGGAGAUGAGACUCCAGCAGGAGAAGGACAGGCUUCAGGCCCGCAGGCAGCAGCUGAUGCGCAGGCUGGAGCAGGCCAGGACUCGCUAACAGACAACCACUACAACAAAGAAACACUCACAUAUACCCUGGA